AACUUUCAUCAGAAUCACAAUGGAAGAAACCGAAGCAAGAGCUGGGGGGGACCUGAAAUGGAGCAGAGAGACAAUACCUAAGGUUUUGAAGAUCGUGGGCACGAGACUUCCACAGAGAGACCUCAUCUCUCUGUUACUGGUCAGCCCAUGGCUUCACAGAACUCUCGUCUCAUGCUCUUCUCUCUGGCUGGUUCUUGAUUUUCGGGAGAUGAAUAAUGCCGGGAAUCGACUUGUAGCUGCACUAUCACUGUUUCGAUAUCGGCACGUUAAGCAGAUAAAUCUUGAAUUUGCACAGGAUAUUGAAGACAAACAUCUUGAUCUUCUCAAAACCAAGUGUUUGGAUUCACUUCAAGAACUAGAGUCUUUAAAUCUGAAUGUCUGCCAAAAGAUCUCUGACAGAGGAGUUGAAACAAUAACCAGUGCUUGUCCUAAAUUGAAGGUCUUCUCUAUCUAUUGGAAUGUGAGGGUAACUGAUAUAGGCAUGACACAUUUGGUGAAGAACUGCAAACAUAUAGUUGAUUUGAACUUGAGUGGCUGUAAGAACAUUACAGACAAAAGUUUGCAACUGAUUGCUGACAAUUAUCCAGACUUGGAGUUGUUGAACUUGACUAGGUGCGUCAAGCUAACAGAUGGUGGCUUGCAACAGAUAUUGCUCAAAUGCUCCUCUCUUCAGAGUCUGAAUCUCUAUGCCUUGUCAAGCUUUACAGAUGAAGCUUACAAAAAGAUAUCACUUCUUACCAAUCUUAGAUUCUUAGAUCUCUGUGGAGCCCAGAAUCUAUCUGAUCAAGGACUUUCCUGUAUAGCCAAAUGCAAGAAUCUGGUGUCUCUAAAUUUGACAUGGUGUGUACGUGUCACUGAUGUGGGAGUCAUAGCCAUUGCUCAAGGUUGCACCUCUCUUGAAUUUCUUAGCUUGUUUGGAAUCGUUGGGGUGACUGACAAGUGCCUGGAAGCUCUCUCGAGAUCUUGUUCAAACAUGAUUACGACCCUUGAUGUAAAUGGGUGUAUUGGCAUUAAGGCCAUGAGAUGCAGCUUGAGGCCAACCCGGUGGUGUUGCGUAUGGGGCGGAAGAUUUAUCAUCUGGAUACUAACACCUUUCUUAUCAGUUAUUUGUACCCUAUGGUAAUGGUCGACAGCCUGUAUUUUAGUUUACAAUGAACAAACAGUGUCAUCAAGAUCUGCCUGUUGAAUUCAUCACUGUCAACAUCUUUGAUUUAAUUGAAUGACAAUGGGCCGUCUUUUAUUUUAUGGA